AUGCAUGUCAUGGCAGGCCCUGCAGGUAGCCGGAAUCCGGGCCCCCCUCAAGCCCUGUACACGGUCCUCUUAAUAAUGCUGGUCGUGAUGAGCUUGGCGUUUGGUGAGUUUGAGCAUUAUGAUCAAGAACCCCUUCAUCAGAUUCAUUUAAACAAAUACCUAAGCUGCUAUCGAUGCCUCUUGGAGACCAAGGAGUUGGGAUGCCUUCUAGGAUCUGACAUCUGCCUCACCCCAAAGGGCAGCAGCUGCAUGACACUGCUCAUAAAGAACAACAGUGGUUCGGAGAUCAUGGUGAGUGACUGCCGCAGCAAGGAGCAGAUGAGUGAUUGCUCGUACACCCACACUUCUCCAGUGCUGGGCUUCUGGAUAUUCUCUCGAUGCUGCUUCCGGAAUUUCUGCAAUAACCCUCAGAACAGAAUAAAAUAUGGUCCUUAG